ACCCCGAUGAAGAUGAAGCAAUAGGGAAUAAUUGCAAGUUUUUUUGGUAUUAGUUUAAAAGCUGGGCGUGCACUGGAUGUAAAUGUAGUCUGAGCUGUUUGGGAGUGUAUAAAGGGAGUGAAGGCUGAGUAGAAAGCCGCUGGGUGUGAAGAAGGCGACUGAUAGCGGAUGCCUGAAGUCGGCGAUUUUUCGGAAGUGACGCGGCAGAGCGCCUGCGACUGAGAGACGUGUGAGGAGAGCUGAGAAAAAGCCAGCGCGAUUCACAAAGCGCACAGACGCUUCACAUUAACCCACACCGCGUACUUCAGACUGCCAGAGUAACAGAAGAGUCUAAAGACUGAAGUCCACUUGAAAAUCCACCAUUGGAGAAGUGGAUUAUGGCGAAAAAAAACAGUCACAAGGAUACAUCAGGGGUGGAGUUUGACACGCACUCUAAAAUGGUCAUGUCCCAAGGAGGAACAUUUGAAAGGAUGAAAGAAAAGAUCAAUGCAGUGAGGGCAGUGGUUCCUAACAAGAGCAAUAAUGAAAUCGCCCUGGUUCUGCAGCACUUUGAGAACAGUGUGGAUCGGGCUGUGCAGGCCUUUGUAGAAGGCAGUGCAGUAGAGAUCCUGAAGGAAUGGAAUGUCACUGGUAAAAAGAAGCCUAAGAAGAAAAAGAAGCCCAAACCCCAGCCGGAGGCUCCGGUUGAUCCUGCCCCUUCUGAAUCUGUCUCAUCCCCAGAGAUAGAGUGUGCAGGGGCUGUUAACGGUUUCCAUGCCAACGGUUCAGCUGGUGCUGAUGGCGAGUCUCUAGACUCGUUGAGCGAACAGCUAGACUCGGCCUCGUUGGACGCAGCCGAGCUUGAGUUGGAGUCUGCUACGCCUGAGCUCUCCAUCACAAGAGAAGCAGAAUCUCAAAAAAGCUUUGCCCCAGCCCCAAGUCCAUCUCCCCAGCAAAGCACCAAUAACAGAGCUCGACAGAAUCAACACAGUUCUCGAGGCAACAAAUCUCGCCCGAAACCUUCUAACAGCUCUCACAGUGCAACUCUGUCACAUCCUUUUCCACCUGAUGAUUGCCAACAAGUUUCCGCCAAAAAGAUCGGUAAGAGUGCACCAAACAUUGACCGCUCAGUGAAGGAUCUUCAGCGGUGUACAGCAUCUCUGACACGAUAUAGAGUGGUGGUGAAGGAGGAAAUGGACACUUCUAUCAAGAGGAUGAAACAGACAUUUGCUGAGCUACAAAGCUGUCUUAUGGAUCGAGAGGUGGCUCUGAUGGCUGAGAUGGAUAAAGUCAAAGCAGAAGCCAUGGCCAUCCUAGAUAAGCGUCAAAAGCGUGCAGAGGAGUUAAGGAGGCUCACUGACAAGUCUGCCUCCAUGUCUGAAGAGCAGCUAACAGAACUCCGUGCAGACAUCAAGCAUUUUGUAAGUGAGCGGAAGUAUGACGAGGAUCUUGGAAAAGCUGUUAAAUUCACUUACGAACUGGAACCUCUUAAAGCCAGCGUCAUGACUUUUGGAUCGGUGUAUCAUCCACAAACUGGCUACUCCAAUCGCUCUCGCUGUAGUUCCACUUCUUCUUCUAUCACUGGCUCCGCCCCUGUAGAAGCCCCGGCUCCAGCUCAAACUCAACCCCAGGCAUCUGGUUACACAAGUCGCCCAAAUGUCCCACACAAACAAGUGUUCCAUGGUAACAGACGUAUAUUUCAGGGUUAUCCGGGUCAGCGCAAUAACGGUGGCCCCUACUAUGACCGCAAUUCCAACCGAACCAACUACCGAUAUACUGGAGACCAGCGUCACCAGGGCGAUCGUGGCCAAGAAGACCACUCCAACCCACAGUUCUCAAACAGCACGAAAGGUCCCGCCCACCCCUCUGUGUCAUCCUACCGGCAAGACCCCCAACGUCCUGCCCAAAACGGGCUGCCACAGAGGCAACCUCGGACAGCCCCGAAAAACCCCUGACAUACCCUAAACGUCCUGCAUACUUGUUCCGGUUCCCUUUGCCCUCCCAUAUCCAUUUCUUUCCCAGUAUCCUUCAUCCAGUUUCUCCCACACCUCUUCCUCAACUCCCUUAAAGCCCAAUGUCCCUGAUUGCUUAACUGUUCCAUACACAUGAAGAAUAAAAAUCAAGUUUACAUCUCUUA